AGACCUCCAGUUUCAGCCCUGCCCUCAGCCUCCAGUCGUUGAGAGAGACACCCAGCCCCAGCGAUCGGAUUGGGCAGCCCGCCUUGCCACACCACUGUGCUGAGUGCUUGAAGACGUGUUUCACCAGAUGGUUGGGGUUAGCGUGUGUCAUCACGUUCGAGUGGGGAUUAGGAGUAGGAAGGCUGCCUUGCCGGAGCUGUGUGGUCUUCUCCAAGGGAGAAUUGCGGGCAAGAGAACUCCUUCGCUCCAGGGAGAAGAGGAGGGAUUCGUUUUCCGCAGCCACGAGAAAAGCAGUGUUUUCAGGUGCUGACGGCCAGCCCCAUCAUCUGAAGAAGGUGAAUUUGGCAAAUGACAUGCAGGUUCUCCAAGACAGAGUAAUCACAGAAAAUCGUCAAAGGACCCCCUCUGCAGAUGUCCUGAACAUUUCUGACUACAGCAAUUGAUUCUUCAACUGAGAUACCUAAUUCCAGACCUGCAGGAAUCAGUAGACAGACAUUUUCUCAGUUUUGCGACAUUGGAGCAAGCACAAUGAAGUAUUCUUGCUGUACUCUGGUUUUGGCUGUCCUGGGCACGCAGCUGCUGGGGAGCCUCAGUUCCAGCAUCAGGUCCCCAAGAUUCAGAGGACGGAUACAGCAGGAGCGAAAAAACAUACGACCCAACAUCAUUCUUGUGCUCACCGAUGAUCAAGACGUGGAGCUGGGGUCCCUGCAAGUCAUGAACAAAACCAGAAAGAUUAUGGAGCGUGGGGGGGCCACCUUCACCAAUGCCUUCGUGACCACGCCCAUGUGCUGCCCUUCCCGCUCCUCCAUGCUCACUGGCAAGUACGUGCACAACCACAACAUCUACACCAACAACGAGAACUGCUCUUCCCCCUCCUGGCAGGCGGUGCACGAGCCUCGGACGUUUGCUGUCUAUCUGAACAGCACCGGCUACAGAACAGCCUUUUUUGGAAAAUACCUCAACGAAUAUAAUGGCAGCUACAUCCCUCCUGGGUGGCGAGAAUGGCUUGGAUUAAUCAAGAAUUCUCGUUUCUAUAAUUACACUGUUUGUCGCAAUGGCAUCAAAGAAAAGCAUGGAUUUGAUUAUGCGAAGGACUACUUCACAGACUUAAUCACUAACGAGAGCAUUAAUUACUUCAAAAUGUCUAAGAGAAUGUAUCCCCAUAGGCCCAUUAUGAUGGUGAUCAGCCACGCGGCGCCCCACGGCCCCGAGGACUCGGCCCCACAGUUUUCAGAACUGUACCCCAAUGCUUCCCAACACAUAACUCCUAGUUAUAACUAUGCGCCCAAUAUGGACAAACACUGGAUUAUGCAGUACACAGGACCCAUGCUGCCCAUCCACAUGGAAUUCACAAACGUUCUACAUCGCAAACGGCUUCAAACUUUGAUGUCAGUGGAUGAUUCUGUGGAAAGGCUAUAUAAUAUGCUUGUGGAAACGGGUGAGCUGGAGAACACCUACAUCAUCUAUACCGCUGACCACGGUUACCAUAUCGGGCAAUUUGGACUGGUCAAGGGGAAAUCCAUGCCAUAUGACUUUGAUAUCCGCGUGCCUUUCUUUAUUCGUGGGCCAAGUGUAGAACCAGGAUCCAUAGUCCCACAGAUCGUUCUAAACAUUGACCUGGCCCCUACCAUCUUGGACAUCGCGGGGCUCGACACGCCUCCUGACAUAGACGGCAAGUCUGUACUCAAACUUCUGGACCAGGAAAAGCCAGGUAACAGGUUUCGAACAAACAAGAAGGUCAAAAUUUGGCGUGAUACAUUCCUUGUGGAAAGAGGGAAAUUUCUACGUAAGAAGGAGGAAUCAAACAAGAAUAUCCAACAGUCCAAUCACUUGCCUAAAUAUGAGAGGGUCAAAGAACUGUGCCAGCAGGCCAGGUACCAGACAGCCUGUGAACAGCCCGGGCAGAAGUGGCAGUGCGUCGAGGACACGUCUGGCAAGCUUCGGAUUCACAAGUGCAAGGGCUCUGGUGACCUGCUCGCCGUCCGACAGAGCACGCGGCCCCUCUUUCGUGGCUUCCACAACAAGGACAAAGAGUGCAGUUGUGGCGAUUCCGGGUAUCGGGCCAGCAGGAGCCAGAGAAAGAAUCAGAGGCAGUUCCUGCGGAACCAGGGGACCCCAAAGUACAAGCCCAGAUUUGUCCAUACCCGGCAGACACGUUCCUUGUCCGUCGAAUUUGAAGGCGAAAUAUAUGACAUAAACCUGGAAGAAGAAGAAUUGCAGGUCUUGCGGCCAAGACGCAUUGCCAAGCGUCAUGAUGAAGGCCGCCAGGCAACCAGCGGUGGUGAUGGGGACACAAUGCUGGCGGACAGUGGCAAUGGUGUGGGCCUGCCCACCACCGUCCGUGUGACGCACAAGUGCUUUAUUCUCCCAAAUGAUACAAUCCAUUGUGAGAGAGAACUUUAUCAAUCAGCCAGAGCCUGGAAGGACCACAAGGCCUUCAUUGAUAAAGAGAUUGAAGCUUUGCAAGAUAAAAUUAAGAAUUUGAGAGAAGUGAGAGGGCAUCUGAAGAGAAGGAAACCUGAGGAGUGUGGCUGCAGUAAACAGAGCUAUUACAACAAAGAGAAAGGUGUGAAAAAGCAAGAGAAAUUAAAGAGCCACCUUCACCCAUUCAAAGAAGCCGCUCAAGAAGUAGACAGCAAACUGCAGCUUUACAAGGAGAACCGCAGGAGGAAGAAAGCCAGGAAGGAGAAGAAGAGGCAGCGCAAGGGCGAGGAGUGCAGCCUCCCCGGCCUCACCUGCUUCACACACGACAACAGCCACUGGCAGACGGCCCCGUUCUGGAACCUGGGGUCCUUCUGUGCUUGCACGAGCUCUAACAAUAACACCUACUGGUGUUUGCGGACAGUUAACGAGACGCAUAAUUUUCUCUUCUGUGAGUUUGCCACUGGCUUUUUGGAGUACUUUGACAUGAAUACAGAUCCUUAUCAGCUCACAAACACUGUGCACACAGUUGAACGGGGCGUUUUGAAUCAGCUACAUCUGCAGCUGAUGGAACUCAGGAGCUGUCAAGGGUAUAAGCAGUGCAACCCAAGACCCAAGGGCCUUGAAGUUGAGGACAGUUAUGGGAUGGAUGGGAAGGUUAAUCUGCCCAGUCUCACUGCAGACGGCAACUGGCAAGGCCCGGAGGAUGUAUACAGCGUGAAUGGAAGCGCCUACAAGGACAGACAAAACUAUAGACUUAGUCUGGCUGACUGGACUAAUUACUUGAAGGAUGUAGAUAGAGUAUUUGCACUGCUGAACAGUCACCAUGAGCAAAACCAAGCCAAUGAGACUAAAAGUGCUCCAAGUGAUGGGUUCCUGGCUGUGUCUGCUGACCUCUUGGCCCCAGCAGAGAUGGAUGAAGACCCCAGGGGUAGGGGUAGGGAAGCGCCUCCUUUGACCUUGCUGGCUGACCUUCCUACCCUGCAUUCCAGCCGACCAACAUUCAGUCCAGACAGUCAACUUGAAUGGAACAACGACAUUCCCGAAGUUCAUCGUUUGGAUUCUGAACACUGGAGAAAUCAUAAAACUGACAAAUGGAUGGAGCAUGAAGGGAUCAAUCACCUUGAAACUGAUUUCAGCGGCGAUGGCAUGACAGAGCUGGUGCAGCCUAGACCCAGGCAGCCGAAGGGCCGUCCCCAGGAUGAUCGUCCAAAGGAAGAUGUUUCCGAAGAUCAGCUACGUCUUCCUGCAUGUCCUGAUGUUAACUCCACUGACCUGGUGAUCAGAGAGUCUGCCAGGGGGCCGCCUAUUUCCUCCAGCAUCACAGAGAGGACGUCAAACCAAAUGGAGAAGAACCACAGGACAGUGGGCCUACAGAGUCUAGAAGGCAGUGCCUCCUUCCCACUCUCCUCCGAUUAGAUGCCAUGUGACCUUACCCUAAACACAGUAUUUUUUUUUAAUUGUUCUUAGUAAACUAAUAAAGGCGAUCAUGACAACCAGCAUUCCAAACUGCCCCAGGUACACCUGUGCAGUGGAAGUCAGUGCGGACACAGGUGGCAUGCACCCAGGGACUUGGUCUUCUAAGUCACGAAUAUUUGUCAAGAAUAGAAAGAAAGGUGCAUUUGUAGGGUUUGGUUUGUUUGGGGGGGCACUAAAACAGUAUUAACCUUUGAAAGUUCUAGAGAUGUGCGUAUACAAAUGUUAUCCAGUCAAGAUGGCUAGAAUUGUGCCUUUCUGAGUUUCUGAAACUUGACAUCCUCAGUGAAAUUUCAAUCUGUUUUCCACUGCGUGCGUUAUGUGGUUUCGAUUCAUUUUUAACCACUGGAAUUUUUCAAUGCCCUCGUUUUUCACGCAGUGAUUUUUGCACUUUGAGAUGGGAAUGCCAUGUCUAUUUGGUUAGUCUUAUUUUUUUCCCCAGGCUUGUCACAGUCUCACUGCUUGCUCUCAGUGUGACAAAGAAAUGGACCCCAAGGAUGACAGACAGUAUCAUCACAUAUUGUUCAGCAUACGCUUUUGCCAGAAAAUAAUGCAUGUGUUUUACCUCGACUUGCUAAAAUCGAUUAGCAGAAAGGCAUGGCUAAGGAUGUUGGCGGUAAAAAUAAACAAAUAAACAAAACAAAGAUUGCCUGCUUUCUCUGUGCCUAGCCUCAAAGUGUUCAUCAUCUGCUUAAAACUGCUAAAAUUUUAUUAUUUGCUUAACAGGAUAAAAGGACUGAAGACUUUUUUUUAUCUUGGUUUUGUUUUCUUGACCUGGCUAAUAAGCUUAAGUGUUGAGAAAAUAUAUCUAGUUUUGAAUUUAUAUAAGGAAUUUUUCUUCAGUAAAACAAACUCAUGAAUGUUUCAUAAUUUAAAUGCACCAUAUGUGUUGUAUGGUUACUUUUAAGGCCUUCACCAGGUUCUGAUUUUUUUAAAGGCAUAAGUGAAAACUGCUUUUGAAAUUCUGUGUUCUUGAAAAUAUUUGUCCUAUUUAGAUGUUUCAGUACCAGCAAAAGGAUUAUUACCUCACUGAGAGUUUGCAGUAUCCUAGCCAACUUCCCAAGAAGGUAUUUUUUAGCUUAACAGUAAUUUUCAUUUUAUUUUUAGAUAAUCAAAUGCAUAGGUAAGUUAUGUUACCUUUACGUGUUUAAGGUAAACUCUUUUAAAGAAAACCUAAUAUGUUAGAGUUGAAUCUUUGAUAACUUUGUCUUUAUCAUAGACUCUGUACAUAUGUUAAAAUUAACUCUUUAUCAGAUGUGUGUGUCACCGGCUGAAUGACAGAUGAAACAUAUUUAUGGUCAUGAAUGACAUGCUUUGUAAAAAAGGUUUCAAGUUAUUAGGAAGCGUAUUGUGUUUUUUAAAAUCUUGUGUAAUAUUCUGUGAUACUUUUAUAGAACAAUUCUGGCUUCAGGAAAGUCUAGAAGCACUAUUUCUUGAAAUAAAAGGAGUUUAAACUUUA